AUGACGAAGACGCGAGGAUGGAACGAUAACAAUAUCCCAUGUUUCUCACCAGCUUCAACGAUGGAGGAGUUUCCAUGCGGCAAAACAGCUGGAAAAGAACGAGGGAAGCGUGGAAUUGUCAUUGGAGCAGUGACGGAAAAUGUAUCGUUCCUAACUGCAGCAGGGUCCUCAUUACUGGCUACCGCGAUGCUCACAAUGAUUAUCAUCGUGAUAUGGAUUCUGUGGUGUUUGAGGAUUGGUUGUGGACAUCUGUGCCGCAUAUGCAAUCCUUCGCAAAUGGUCGCCAUGUUACUCUAG